AUGACUGCAUCAUUAUCAUCAGGAGUAACUCCCAUCACUAAAAAUUAUCAAAAUUAUCAAAAUUAUCCAAUUUCUCCUAUAAUUUCUUCAGCAGGAUGUUUAAUCAUUGGUGAUGAAGUUCUUAAUGGGAAAAUCUUAGAUACAAAUUCAUUUCAAUUUGCUAAAUUUUGUUUUAAUGAUUUAUCGAUCCCUUUAAAGAGAACCAUUGUUUGUGGAGAUGAUAAACAAGAUAUUUUUCGAUCAUUAAAAUUUUUACUUGAAGAAGAUAAAGUUGAUUUUAUUGUAUCAAGUGGAGGUUUAGGUUCAACACAUGAUGAUAUAACUUAUCAAGUAAUUAGUGAAUAUUAUAAUCUUGAUUAUGAAUUAGAUAAUGAAGUAGUUGAAAGAAUGCAAAGUAUUCGUCAUGAAUAUUUAGAUAAAUUAUCAAAUGAUCAAUUACAAGCAUUUUAUAAAAUGGCAACAUUACCAAAAACUUCUAAUGGUAUAAAUGUUGAAAAAAUAUUUACAGAUGAAUCAUUAUGGUUCCCAAUAAUAGUUAUAGAUUAUAAAUUAUAUAUUUUACCUGGUAUACCACAAUUAUUUGAAAGAUUAAUUAAAUCUUUACAACCAAUACUUUUACCAAGAAUUCCAAAUCAAGAUAAAUCAUUAUUAAAAAGAUAUUAUAUAAAGACAAGUAGUUCAGAAAGUGAAUUAGCUCCAUAUUUAACUCAAUUACAAAUUAAUCUUGAUAAAAAAUAUGGUAAUGGAAUAAUUAAAUUAGGUUCAUAUCCUCAUAUGGCUUGGAAAUUAAAUACUAUAAGUAUUAUAACUACAAAUAAUGAAUUAACUAAAGAUGAUUUAAAUAAAACUAUUCUAAAUGAUAUAAUUGAAAAUAUUGGUGGGAAUGCUCAAUUAAUUGAUCAAAUAGAAGAAGAUAAAUUAACUAAUGAAUUACCUGAAACUAUAAAUAAAUUAUAA